UACUUAAUAUAAAGCUCUCUGUGUUGUUAUUGUUUUUUUUGUUUGUUUGUUUUUUUUCCAGCCUUGUAUUUUUACAUUAGCUGAAUAACAAGACCAUUCGAAACGAUUAAGAAACCCUCGACAUAUGUUAAUAAUCAAUGCUUCGGUUGAUUAAAGCAGACAUGAUUUCUGUUUUACCCCGCUUUCAUCUUUGUUUAUAGCAGAGAUUGUCCGCCUCGUGUAACGUUACACCGUUUUCUAAAGGAUUAACGUUACAGUGAGAGAAAUGUUCAUGAAGUAAGAUGGCUGCCAUCCGUAAGAAACUGGUCAUAGUGGGUGAUGGAGCCUGUGGAAAGACCUGUCUGCUUAUUGUUUUCAGUAAAGAUCAGUUUCCUGAAGUCUACGUGCCUACAGUUUUUGAGAACUAUGUCGCAGACAUCGAGGUCGAUGGAAAGCAGGUGGAGCUUGCCUUAUGGGAUACGGCUGGACAGGAGGACUAUGACCGGUUGAGACCUCUCUCCUACCCCGACACAGAUGUCAUUCUCAUGUGCUUUUCCGUUGACAGUCCCGACAGCUUGGAGAAUAUUCCAGAAAAGUGGACACCAGAGGUGAAGCAUUUCUGUCCGAAUGUUCCCAUCAUCCUCGUUGGUAACAAAAAGGAUCUCCGAAAUGAUGAACACACACGAAGGGAACUUGCCAAAAUGAAACAGGAGCCUGUGAAGCCAGAGGAGGGGCGAGACAUGGCCAACCGAAUCAACGCCUUUGGUUAUUUAGAAUGCUCAGCCAAGACAAAAGAUGGCGUGAGAGAGGUGUUUGAGAUGGCCACCAGGGCCGCGCUGCAGGCAAAGAAACGGGGCAAGAAGACAGGCUGCCUGCUGUUAUAGAAACCUGUAGAAGAGAGGAGGUCAGGUAACAGCCCAGGAGACUUCAGAGCAGGGAGGGAGGGACGAUGGGACGAGCCUAGCAUUCAUGUCCUAGUAGAGUCGCCACACCGGACUGAUACUGGGACAUCAUGUCAGACUAACCAACGGAAAGACUUCAGGAACAAGUUGGGAACAAGAUGUCAUCAUUUCCUGUCAUCACAAAGUUUGGGAAUAAGAGUUUUCUGGUCACAUCAAGCUAAAAAAUUAGAUUUCUAAACUGACUCUAUACCUAGGAUAUUUAAUGUUACCCCCCCCCCCCCCCACCCACUCUUUAGUCCUGGAAAAAAAAAAGGUUCUUUUAAUAAGCGUCCCGUCUUCAGCAGCUGUUUCGUGCAUUGGACAGAUUGUAUGUAUGUUUGUAUAGGUAAGAAUAUGAAUGUUUGUGUCAAAUGAGCGCAUGUCUGUCUGCAGGUCGCCAUCUCUUCUUUGUAUAUGCGUGUAUCUGCCCGGCUUUAUUCUGUUUGAAUAUUCUGUGCUCAACUAAAGCACACACUGAACACUGAAGUGGGCUGAAUUGUGUUUAACCUCCCACUUCAGGCUUUUUCCUUUUUUAUAGCUGAUGUCUCAAAGGAUUCUGGGCUGUACAUUAGGGAUCUAAACCAUUUAGUGAUUCUGAUUUAUUUAAAGCAUACUGUUUUUUCUUCUUCUUCUUUUAAAUCAUUUGCAUUUAGAAAUAAAAUUUAAAGAAAUUCA